CUGUGCGUAAUUUAAAAUGCCGCCCCUGCCUAUCAGCUGAUGGCAGCCUCAGGAAGGUGGGCCUGGGAGAUAACGGUGUGCAGGCUGAGGCCCGGGAAGGACACCUUCAUUCGUCCUUGGCGGUUUUCUUGCACUGACUUCGAGAGGCAGCUCGUGAUCUCCAAGAUGUAUGAAAAAAUAAUCAUUGUAUUACUAUUGUCAGGUUAUAUUUCUAUAACAACAAGUGAUGUUUCUACAACAGCAAACUCAUCAAGUCCUGCCUAUAACCAAACCACCCCAGAAAAUGAACUUGCAGUAUCAGCCGACCACCCUCCGUCAAUCACUCCUGCAAUGAAAGCUACAGGACCUCCUGUUCCCACAAACGAAACCCUCCCGAAACAGAGAAGAGAACCAAGAAAACAAAUUGCCCAUGCUUUCUCGGAGCCAGUGAUAAUACUCAUUAUUUUAGCAGCGAUAGCUGUUAUUGAUGGAACUAUCCUCUUAAUUUCUUACUGUAUUGGCCGACUGAGGAAGAGCAAUCCAUCAGCUAUAGAGCCUCAACCCACACAUGGCACAGGUGUGCCUUUAAGUUCUGUUGAAACGGAAAAUCCAGAGAGAAGUGAUUAAUGAGAAUCUAUUCACUAAGCCAAACUUUGGAAGAACUCAAAGAAGACAUAAGACUUCAACCAAGUGAAAAAUUAACAUGUGAAUUGGACAUGGCAAUGAAUUAUAUACCUGCCUAAGUUGUACAAUCUCAGAAUACAAUUUUCAUCAUAAUAAGUUCUAGUGACUUAAUCAUGGAAAAAUAAUCUCUCUUCAUUAAUAUUUUAAGAUAAAGAACAAAUAUUCCUUUGCA